AUGGCCUGGGCGUCGAUUGGGCUCUGGGCUUCGCCGCAAGUGGAAAAUGCUAUGGGUAUGGCGCCUACCAAGGAGGAACAGGAGGACUUGGAUCGGAAACUGGCUCUGGUAGUUUUUCUCUUUCCAGGGAUUAGAAUCGACACUGGGACCAUGGUCUCAGAUACUGCUCGGCUAUUGCAUGCAAGACUCCGAAGGCUCCAAUCUGCGACAUCAACUGCUCCAGGAAGAUGGGUGGGGCGGGUUGCAUCCCAUCGACUCGCCCGUGGGAAGAGUAGGGGGCGCGCAUGGAAGUGGCAGCGACUGGAGCCCUGGCCGUUAAAAAGGGCAAGUCGACAAGUUUCAUACAUUGCGUUGGGCGCUGACGUUGGUGCGGUAAAACUGACGCAGAUUGGAUGCAACGGUUGCACAACGAUCCGGAGAGUUGUCCAAAGGGACAUUGCGGCGUUCUCGUUGGCCGCCCUCUACCAGACCGUACUUCUGUCGGUCAAAAUUACCAGGCCUUCUGUGGCUUGCAAGGCUUGGGCCCCAUCAGUUUUGCCCGGGUCAUUCACACCCCCUCCCUUGUACGACCCACCGGGGACCCCGCCUGCGGGCAUUACAGAGGUUGGAAACCACUGGAAAGACCAAUGGGAAAACAAUUGUUGGGUCAGGAUGACUCCGGAACGUGCCGAGAGGCCCAAGGGUUUGGAAGGAGUGGCUCAACCAGACAGACGCGCCCGUCAGCGCUUGGAGCAAAUAGUAGUGGAUGAACUGGCUACCAAGCUAGCAAGUCAGGAGUGA